AUGGAGCAGUUCGUCAGGAAGCGUUUGACCUUCCUGACAUCCUUCUGGAACAAGCUCCGUCCCCGCUCCGUGCCGGAGAGCUACUCGCUGGGGUAUCUUGGUUCCGAUUCCGUUUCGCUGCACUCGGAGCCGAACUCCAUUUCCUUCAUCCCCAAGUCCUCUCUCUUUAUCGCUUUAUACGCUUUCACAGCCCGGAGCGCAGAGGAACUGAGCAUAAGCGCAGGGGACAAACUGCGUGUCCUCAGAGAAGAAGGAGAGUAUGUCUUAGCCCGGCGGCUGCUGGGGGAGCCGGCCAUGGGGUACGUUCCUGCUGCGUACGUGGCCAACCUCAGCCAGGGCACCUCUGCUCACCGGCCCUGGUACUUCAGCAAGAUCAGCCGAAAUGAAGCCGAGCAGCUCCUCCUCUCACCUCCCAACCAGCACGGCUCCUUCCUCGUCCGGGACAGCGAGAGCAGCAAGGGCGAGUACUCUCUCUCAGUGCGCAACCACGCGAAGGUCAGCCACUUCCGAAUCUGCAAGAGCCCCGGGGGCAGCCUCUACAUCCAGAAGGGGCGUCCCUUCCCCAACAUGGAGGAGCUCCUCGCCUUCUACACCGAGCACUGGAAGGUCAUCCAGAGCCCCUUGCUGCAGCCCUGCAGCCCCGCGACCCCCCCUGAGAGGGACAGCUGGGAGCGCCCGCGCUGGGAGUUCACCCUGCGGAGGAAGCUGGGCGAGGGCUACUUCGGAGAGGUGUGGGAAGGACUGUGGAGGAACACAGUGCCGGUGGCCAUCAAGAUCAUAAAAGCCGACAUGAAGGCAGAAGACUUCACUAAGGAGAUUCAGAACCUGAAGCGCCUGAGGCAUGAGAAGCUGAUCCAGCUGCAUGCCGUCUGCUCGCUGGAUGAGCCUGUGUACAUCAUCACUGAGCUCAUGCGGAAAGGCAACCUCCACAGCUACCUCAACAGUCCUGAAGGGAAGUCCCUGGGCACCUCCCACCUGCUCAACAUUGCCUGCCAAGUGGCGGAUGGGAUGAGGUACCUGGAGGAGAAGCACAUUGUCCACCGGGACCUGGCGGCCAGAAACAUCCUGGUGGGAGAGGAACUCACCUGCAAAAUCGCUGAUUUUGGACUGGCCCGGCUCCUCAAGGAUGACAUUUAUUCUACCAGCAGCAGCACCAAAAUCCCGGUGAAGUGGACAGCCCCGGAGGCAGCCAACUACCGCACCUACUCCCUCAAGUCCGAUGUCUGGUCCUAUGGGAUUCUGCUCUACGAAGUCUUCACAUAUGGACAGAUCCCGUAUGAAGGAAUGACAAACCAAGAAACCGUACGGCAAAUCACCAGGGGCUACCGCCUUCCCCGGCCCAGCUCCUGCCCUCCCGAGAUCUACAGCAUCAUGCUGGAGUGCUGGAGCGGCAACACGGAGGAGCGUCCUACCUUCCUGGCCCUGCGGGAGAAGCUGGGCUUCAUCUACAGACGGCUGCUCAGCUCCCCCUCCUGA